CCUCAGCUCUGCCCGCCUUCCCUCUUGCUGUGGGCCAAGCCCAUUAAGCUGCUGCCCCGGCCACAACUGAAGGCCCCACGCCCUGGGGAGGAAACCGCCAUCGAGGCGUCCCUUGCUCCGUGGCUCCCCAAACCAUCAAUUAGUAUUUAUAAAGGAAGGCUCCUGGCUGCCUAAAGACCCCCAUCAGGGCUCAGAUGGAGGGGAAGCCCCACCCCCGUGACUCAGGAGGUUAAAGAGCCUGGGGCCGCCCGGGAGCCCAGAGUGUCCGGAUGGCGUGUGGCAGCGGGAGGGUCACCAUCCAGCUGGUGGACGAAGAGGCAGGGCCUGGAACCAGAGGCCCGAAGCCCUAUCGGGGCCAGAGAUACGAGGCAAUCCGAGCAGCCUGCCUGGAUGAGGGGAUCCUGUUCCGAGACCCCUACUUCCCUGCUGGCCCCGACGCCCUUGGCUACGACGAGCUGGGGCCCGACUCGGAGAAGGCCAAAGGGGUGGAAUGGAUGAGGCCCCAUGAGUUUUGCGCGGAGCCCCAGUUCAUCUGCGAGGACAUGAGCCGAACAGACGUGUGUCAGGGGCGCCUCGGUAACUGCUGGUUCCUUGCGGCCGCUGCCUCCCUCACUCUGUACCCCCGACUCCUGAGCCGGGUGGUCCCCCCUGGUCAAGGCUUCCAAGAUGGCUAUGCAGGUGUCUUCCACUUCCAGCUCUGGCAGUUUGGCCGCUGGGUGGACGUGGUGGUGGACGACAGGCUGCCGGUGCGUGAGGGGAAGCUGAUGUUCGUGCGCUCGGAUCAGCGGAACGAGUUCUGGGCCCCGCUCCUGGAAAAGGCCUACGCCAAGCUCCACGGCUCCUAUGAGGUGAUGCGAGGCGGCCACAUGAACGAGGCUUUCGUGGACUUCACAGGCGGCGUGGGCGAGGUGCUCUACCUGAGGCAGGACACCCCGGGCCUCUUCUCUGCCCUGCGCCAUGCCCUGGCCAAGGAGUCGCUCGUGGGCGCCACCGCCCUGAGCGAUAGGGGCGAGUACCGCACAGAAGACGGGCUGGUGAAGGGACACGCGUACUCAGUCACGGGCACGUACAAGGUGACCCUGGGCUUCACCAAGGUGCGGCUGCUGCGGCUUCGGAACCCAUGGGGCCGUGUGGAGUGGACGGGGGCCUGGAGCGACAGCUGCCCCCGCUGGGAUGCGCUCCCCACCGAGUGGCGAGAUGCCCUGCUGGUGAAAAAGGAGGAUGGCGAGUUCUGGAUGGAGCUGAAGGACUUCCUCCGCCACUUCAACACCGUGCAGAUCUGCUCGCUGAGCCCCGAGGUGCUGGGCCCCAGCCCGGCGGGAGGCGGCUGGCACAUCCACACCUUCCAGGGCCGCUGGGUGCGCGGCUUCAACUCUGGCGGGAGCCAGCCUGGCACCGAAACCUUCUGGACCAACCCCCAGUUCCGACUGACGCUGCUGGAGCCUGACGAGGAGGAUGAUGAUGAGGAGGGGCCCUGGGGGGGCUGGGGGGCAGCAGGAGCGUGGGGCCCGGCGAGGGGGGGGCGCAUCCCCAAGUGCACUGUCCUUCUGUCACUCAUCCAGCGCAACCGGCGGCGCCUGAGGGCCCAGGGCCUCACCUACCUCACCGUGGGCUUCCAUGUGUUCCAGAUCCCAGAGGAGCUGCUGGGCCUGUGGGACUCCCCGCGCAGCCGCGCGCUCCUGCCGGGCCUGCUGCGCGCCGACCGCUCGCCCUUCUGCGCCCGCCGCGACGUGAGCCGCCGCUGCCGCCUGCGCCCCGGCCACUACCUGGUGGUGCCCAGCGCAGCCCGCGCCGGCGACGAGGCCGACUUCACGCUGCGCGUCUUCUCCGAGCGCCGCCACGCGGCCGUGGAGAUCGACGACGUCAUCAGCGCCGACCUGCACGCGCUCCUGGUCCCCUACGUCCCCCUGGAGCUGGGCUUGGAGCAGCUGUUCCAGGAGCUGGCAGGAGAGGAGGAAGCACUCAGUGCCGCUCAGCUCCAGACCUUAUUAAGCAUUGCCCUGGAGCCUGCCAGGGCCCGCACACAGACCCCUCGAGACACUCGGACCCCUCGAGAGAUCGGGCUCAGGACCUGCGAGCAGUUGCUGCGGUGUUUUGGGAACGGACAAAGCCUCACCCUGCACCACUUCCAGCAGCUCUGGGGCCAUCUCCUGGAGUGGCAGGCCACAUUUGAUAAGUUUGACGAGGACGCCUCUGGAACCAUGAACUCCUAUGAGCUGAGGCUGGCGCUGAAUGCAGCAGGCUUCCACCUGAACAACCAGCUGACCCAGGCCCUCACUAGCCGCUACCGGGACAGUCGUCUGCGGGUGGACUUCGAGCGCUUUGUGUCUUGUGCAGCCCAGCUCACCUGUAUCUUCCGCCACUGCAGCCAGCACCUGGAUGGAGGUGAGGGGGUCAUCUGCCUGACCCGGAGACAGUGGAUGGAGGUGGCCACCUUCUCCUAGGAUCUCCGCGCGGAGCACCUGUGGCUGGAGGCGGGAGAGCUGCCAGGAGCCCUGCCUUUUCUCCUCUCCCAGCCUGGACUGGGGUUUAUUCCACAGGGAGGGGGCCUGAGCAGAACCGACCCCUCUGCCUCUCUGCCUGGCACGUGGGGCUGAUGCUCUGAUGCUGAGCAGCCGUUCAGAGCACCGCCCUGGGAGCCAGCCAGCCUGGGGGGUUUCUGGCCCCACCACUCAGCAGCAGGGUGAGCUCCCUGCACUUCUCUGUGCUUUGCCCUCCUCACCUAUAAACAAGGACGGUCGGUUACAGCGCUUCUCUCGCGCAGGCUACACCAGUUAGCACUCGGAACAGGACCUGGCUUAGCGCGGGCCCCCCAGGAGACCCUCAUGUUUACACACUCAUGGGGACAGGGAUCUCCCACGCCCAGCCCUGCUCAGGGAAGAGGUUCUCCUGCGGCUCUCCUAAGAAGUAGAGAACAGACACAGGAGAGAGAUAAAGAGAGAACACUGUAGGAAUCCUUCU